CGUUAAACACUACAGUAACAAAGUGACGACAGUCAAAAUACAUGGAAGUACCCCUCGAAACAACGGAAUUCGUGAUACCUGAAAUAAAGUAUGAGUAUCUCGAUCACACGGCAGAUGUACAACUGCAUGCUUGGGGCGACACCCUGAAGGAAGCGUUUGAGCAAUGCGGGAUGGCAAUGUUCGGAUACAUGACCGAGCUGCCUACGGUGGAGAUAACAAAGUGUUAUCAAAUCACAACCGAGCCGACGGACGAUUUGGAAAAUCUGCUGUUUCGCUUUCUGGACGAGCUGCUAUUCGUUUUCUCGGCCGAACCGUUUCUGAUUUGCAAAAAGCUGCAGAUCACCAAGUUCAAUCUGGAGUCGUUCGUUAUCGAGUGCAACUGCUACGGGGAGGAGUUUGAUCUUCAGAAGCACCCGCAAGGGACGGAGGUGAAAGCAAUCACGUACUCGGCGAUGCAAAUCUACCAACGACCCGAGCACGCCAAGAAUGAAGUUUUUGUUAUCAUCGACAUUUGAAACAAUACGUUUAUGAAAUAGACGAAAGAACGGGUUUUUGUAUUCAACUUGUGUCCUGUUAAAUUUAUAAAUCGAACCCCAUUUCCGGUUACCAUUG